GUUCGAUGGAGCUGCUUUGUAUGGACAUGGUGGGGGAUUUGUGACAGCGGCAGCGCUGCUGGGAAACAAACAAGGACGUGGUCGGGGUUGGGGACUAUUUUUUCCCUCCUCGAUCCUCUCUCGAUCUUGCACCGACUGCUUCCCCACCCAGCGAGAUUUCUGAGGAUAUGUCUGCUUGGAAGUGGGCUGUCUUUUGAAAGUCUGAUGAGUGAGAGUGCCGGCAGCCUGCGCCUCCACCGCGAUGGUCGACAUGGAGAGCCACUACCAUCCCCCUUCCCCCCUGGAGGACUCGAUGCUGGGCAGCCCUCUCUGCCACGAUGACGACUUCAUGGGCGGCAUGGAGGAGCUUCAGGACAUCUCUCGAGCCAUCGACAACGACCCCCUCAGCUCCUUUGAUGUCCCCGAGUACCAGUCAUCCAGCAAUGGCUCUGAAGGUUCCACUGUUCUAGAUGCCCUGACGCCAGCCUCCAGCCCGUCGUCCGUUGUUUACGGGCUGGCAGCGGGACAGGAGGAGUUCUCAUCGUCCUCCUCAUCGCUUAAUCUGGAGUGUCGAGUUUGUGCUGACCGCGCCUCGGGCUACCACUACGGAGUCCACGCCUGCGAGGGCUGCAAGGGUUUCUUUCGGCGGACCAUCCGUCUGAAGCUGGAAUAUGACAAGUGUGAGCGCCGAUGCAAGAUCCAAAAAAAGAACCGUAACAAGUGCCAAUACUGCCGCUUCCAGAAGUGCCUGUCGGUGGGCAUGUCCCACAACGCCAUCCGUUUCGGUCGGAUGCCGCAGUCAGAGAAGCUCAAGCUGAAGGCGGAAAUGGUGACGGGGGAGCGGGAGGUGCAGGACCCGCAGGUAGCUGACCAGAAGACGCUGGCCCGACAGAUUUACGAGGCCUACCUCAAGAACUUCAACAUGAACAAGGCCAAGGCUCGAACCAUUCUCACGGGCAAGACCAGCACCCCUCCUUUCGUCAUCCAUGACAUGGAGACCCUGCAGCUGGCCGAGCAGACGCUGGUGGCAAAGAUGGUGGGCUCAGCGGGACCCCUGAAGGACAGGGAGGCAGAAGUUCGGAUCUUCCACUGCUGCCAGUGCACGUCGGUGGAAACCGUCACAGAGCUCACAGAGUUUGCAAAGUCCAUCCCUGGGUUCUCGAGCCUGGACCUGAACGAUCAGGUGACUCUUUUGAAAUAUGGGGUGUACGAGGCCCUCUUCGCCAUGCUCGCCUCCAGUAUGAACAAGGACGGGCUACUGGUGGCGUACGGCUCAGGCUUCAUCACACGGGAAUUCCUCAAAAGCCUGCGGCGGCCCUUCAGUGACAUGAUGGAGCCAAAAUUCCAGUUUGCAAUGAAGUUUAACGCCAUGGAGCUGGACGACAGUGACCUGGCUCUGUUUGUGGCCGCUAUCAUCUGCUGUGGAGACCGCCCAGGCCUGGUCAAUGUGACGCACAUUGAGCGGAUGCAGGAGAGCAUUGUGCAGGUGCUUCAGCUCCAUCUGCUGGCCAAUCACCCCGACGACUCUUUCCUCUUCCCCAAGAUGCUGCAGAAACUGGCCGACCUCCGGCAGCUGGUCACUGAGCAUGCUCAGCUUGUGCAAGAGAUUAAAAAGACAGAGGACACCUCCCUGCACCCGCUCCUGCAGGAGAUCUACAGAGACAUGUACUGAGUUGUUGUUGAGGGAAAAUAACCGGGAGAGGCAGUCUACAAAUCAUCUCUUUUUUUUCAGGGACAGAAUAAGAAAAUCCCUCCAUAAGCUAGGAUGAACCACUUAAACCCCCACAAUGCAGCAGGGGUAAGCUUUGGCUUCUGGUCAGCAGAAGAGGUCCUGCCAAGACGCUGAUGAUUCUCUUGGUUUGACAAAGCUCUCCGCUCCUUUGCGUGGUGCUUCAUCAGCAGAAAAGAUUUGGCGUACAGCUGAUUGAGCCCCUAUCUAGAAACCAGUGUAUGCCAUCUCUGACCAAACACUAAAUGCUGAUUUGAAGUAUUUGAGUUGAUCUCCUUCCUAAACCCUUAACAAAGCCCUAAAAUGAGGAAAGAAAGUGAACUUGAUAGUCACCACUCCAGCAGUAUGCUUGAAAUCAGAUUUUCAAACUGAUGUCAAAGAACCAUAUACUUUCACAGCUAACAGCACCCAAAUGACUUCAAUGGGCAGCAACAUUUAGGCAGUAACAAUAGAGUGUUCGAGCAAGGCAGCUUCUGCCACAUCGGCUGUCAAUAAAGGUUGGUGAUGGUUAUCCAUGCACCUGCCCCCCUCCCACCAUUGCUCUUCGCCUGUUUUAUACCCAGAGACACAAUUGAACUGCUCCUGAAAAUAAGCAUUUAUUUGUACUGUAAGCCAUACUGUGUUUGUGAUGAUACUGGAAAUGAUCAAUGUCUCUCGUCUUUUACUCACUACACAUCUGCAAGACUUGGUUUGGAUCUUCAUCACAUAUUACUCAACAGAAUCCAGGCAAACUUAUCUUUGCACUAAGAAAUUCAUCAUGGCAAUAUUUUAUAUCAGACCUCUGUUAAAUGCCUUUCUUACAAAACACAUGCACAGACAUUUGGCACUCCAUCCUGGUAAAGUGUCCUGGUAUUCAAGGGCUAACACCACGAUAAACUGGGUUACAAUCUUAAAACUGGCAAAAGAACGACUGAAAAACAGAUUUGCGAGAAAUUGAUUUAUCAGAUGUUUAUUCUGAAGCAGUAAAGCCCUCUUCCCUCGAUAAUAAUCUUAUUAUAAUGGUCAAUCAAUAAUUCAUUUAGUAUCUCUUCUUCUCAUUUCAGUAGUUCUGCCUUCUAUUGUUUUUCACUGGCUGUGUUUGGUCCUCAUAACAUAUGCAGUUCAUUAAGAUUCAGCGGUCUUACGUACACAUUUGAUAUAUUAUUGCAAAGGAAAUCACUAUACCCUUUUUCAUUUAAAGGUUUUGUUUAGCUCAUGCAACUGUAAACUGAUAGGCAAAAAAGACAACACAAAAUCAGGCAUGUUGCCGUCUGCACUUAUUCAAUUGUGUUUUUUAAACGGCUAAAAGAUUAGACGUUCUUUUAGCAACACAAGUGAUUGGUGAAGAAUGAAGACCAAAUACAUUUCCAGAAGAUGUUUUUUUCUCUAUGGCGAUAAAGGUGCAUGUGAAGAGGCCACUCUUGUAUGUUGUUGAAAUACUGCCUUUGCUACACACUACAUAAAAGACCUACAGUAAGGAAAUGUUGAUAAGAAUACGGUAAAAACAUGCAUGGCUGAUAGUUUGGAUAAUAUAUUUAAAUCUGAAUUUCCUUAUCUAACCAAAAUCUACUAAAAUCCUGUAUGUAUUGAACUUCAAUCACCAGAAAUGGACCUUGAGUUUAUAAUUACAUCACAUUGUAUAAACAGAGUGUAUUGUACAUAGCUGAAAUGAUCACAUAGACUGCUCUCCCUGACUCAUGAUGUAUACAAGGUACUAAUGAUGAUCAACUUUUGUAUUCCUCCGUUUGGUAAAUACUUUUAAAUGUUUGAAAUUUUACAAUUAAUGUAGUUUAUGUUUUUUGCUUAAAUGCCACAUACUUGUGUUUUAAUUGAAUUGGAUCAUAUUUUUAUACUAAAGUAUAUAUAAGUAUGACUAAAUCAGAUAAUUAUGUAUUUGAAAUGGCACGAUUGACGAGUGCAGUGUAAAUAGACGUAAAGGUAACAGGGCAACUAGUAAUCUAUAGUAUACAUAGAUCUGAAUCCCGUUGGGGACAUUCCUUUUGUUAAUUGCUAUUUUUAGAUAGAAAACCAUCAAAGCUGCAGUAUGCAUUCAGUUCAUUUCAACUGUAUUUCAUUUAUUUGUUGAAUUAAGCUCUUAUGAUUUGAAGUGAAAGCAUACGUGGGCUGUACAGGGCUGUAAUAGCUCACAAUAGUGGAUUAAAACUUGACUUCCAUGACCUUUUAUCAUUUGAAAAAUCAAAUCACAGCCCAGCACUGAUCCUCUCCUCUUUUUAUACUGUGUUCUCAGGUUGCAUAUUCUCAUAUGUAAUAUAUAUUCACAGAAUGUUAUCAUCAAAAAUCCUCAAUAGUUGCCUCCUGUUGUUGAACAAACCAUGUAUUUGUUUUGACACAUCACAUCUCUGUGGAUAAUAUACAGAAUGCAGUCGUAUGGUGACUACUAGGUGACUAUGUGCAACACAUCACAUGCUAUUACAGUAAAGAAGAUGCAGUAAGGAAAAUGCAAUAUGUACUGUUUUAUAAUCCUGUUUUUGUCACGCUUUUUGUCUGACUUUCCUCUCCCCCCUCGCUGCUAUAUUGUACUAACUCACCAAACAUUUCUUAUGCCAUGAGUAGAUUACUGACGUUCAAGCUGCCUCUACUUACUUCUUAUACCUUCUCACAGAAUGUCAGUCCCAUAUGCAGAAUUUAUUCAAUGCAGCUCGGUUUCGUUCCCCUCGCAAGGUUUUCGGGAAUUGUAGUUCCCAGUAACGCGUUGGGAUAAACCACAAACAAUCUGUGCCUUAGCGUGUGCUUAUGCCAUAAAACACAACAGAUUCAGAAAAAAAGACUGGACUUGCACACACACUUUUACACUUGUAAACUGUUUAUUUCAUCAGCUAGAAUGAGCUGUUUGAAACACAAUAGAGCCACGCAGACAGCAAAUUGUCACAGGAGAUUAAGGAAAGUAUCCUACACAGAGACAGAAGUGCUAUUGAAGAUUCAUUUUACGGUACAAAAAAGGACAAAAACUAAAAGCAAAAUGGUUGAAAAGCUAGAGUGCUAGAGGAGAAGUCAUGCAAAUAUUGAUGUCUGCUUUCCCUUAGGAAUGUUUGUUUUGUGGUUGAAUUGACAAGGGACUUUUUGACUUGUAUCAGGGAAAACAUAGUCUUCCUUUGUUGAACUAGCUCAGGACAUAGGAAGAAACUGUUCUUCCUUCUCUAUCUUUCUGAAAAGAGAUUAUAGUGCUCCGCCUUACAGCACACAAACACCAACAACAAUAUUGAUUGAUAUUGAAAUCACUGUUCAUUUUACUUUCAAAAACUGACAGAACAAUUUACCUGGGGCAGCAGUCAUAGGAAUUAGGUAUUUGAUUUUUUUUUCUUCCUUGGUUCUAAUGGAGUUUGUUUUUGUGGCUGUAGUGUCAUGCAAAGAGACAACAGAGAGUAUCUUUGGAUGUGUUGUUAAUGUGUAAUGUGGCUUGGUAAAAAUGCUGUAAAUGUUUGAUGAAUGUAUAUCUAGUCAUUUAAACAAUGGAACAAGUUGACAUUGAAUGGAUUUCAAAAUAAAAUGAUUUUUAAAUCCA